AUGUCUUCGCGGGACUCCAGCUCCUCUAGUGGGACACCCCAGUUCGCAUUCGUGACAGGGAACAUCCAAUCUGAAGCUCGGAGCCAUGCUAUGAAGGAACACUGGAAGCGGCGACAUCAGCGCAAUAAAGAGGCGAAAGCAUGUCACCAGAGAAAUUUAUCGCGAAAUAUGCCUCUCCGCUCAAAGGGCCGCUCUAAUGAAGAUGUUUCAACAUCAGAAGAUACAAACAGAUCUUCAGGGUUGCCAGAGGUUGGGAAUAUGGACAUAGUCGGGAAUCAAGAGAAAUCUCCCGGCAUUCCCACCCAGCUAUUAUGUGGUGUGAGUUAUGCGCUGUCGAGCUCGAGGCCUGAUCCGUUCCAGACGUGUCCUGUUCAAUUGACGACCCAGCACCAGAAACUCUUGCAUCACUGGAUAAGCACUCAUGCGGCUAUGAUGUUUGAAGACUUGAGUGUCACUGAGUUCAAUCCGAUGAAGGAUGUUUGGUUCCCGCUGGACCUCUCCAAUGCUUCGUCUUUCAACUGCGUCAUGGCGCAUUCAGCUGCGCACUUGUAUCAUCUAUACGCUGGAACUCCCGCACAACGAGGGUCGAAAUCUUCUGAUGCCUUGAAAUAUAAGAUCGAGGCUGUCAGGAUACUACGCUCUUGGCUUGUUGAUCCUAAUAAGGAGCUAAGCGAUGACUCUUUUGCGGCUGUUGUUCGUCUGCUCACAUUCGAGCGAUACUGGGGUACAGUGGAAGAUUGGCAAAUCCACCGUGAUGGCUUACAAAGAAUGAUCGAUGCCAAAGGUGGGGUUGAAAAGCUCCACGGGAAUUGGCGCUUGCAACUUGUGGUUUACCUGUUAUGUCUCACUGAUGUCACGACCGUCAUGGCUCGAGUCCACGAAUAA